ACUGCUUAACACAUUAAUCUUUUACCAAAACUGUAUCACUACUUCAGAUGCCUAAGAAUAGUAAAAUAACAAAGAGAGAGUUGGAUGACGAUGUUGUGGACUCAGUCAAAGAUUUGCUUUCCAAUGAAGACUCAUGUGAUGAAAGCUUUAAGAAGAGUGAGUUGAUGGUCCAUGAUCUACUAGAAAAGGACAGAGAUAUUGAAGAAGGAUCUGAUAUUGAAGAUGAAAGACCAGCUUGGGGCAGCAAAUUGCAGUAUAUACUUGCACAAGUUGGAUUUUCAGUUGGGUUGGGGAAUGUAUGGAGGUUCCCUUACUUAUGCCAGAAAAAUGGUGGAGGGGCUUAUCUUGUGCCAUAUUUAAUACUGCUCCUGGUGAUAGGCAUCCCACUUUUUUUCUUGGAGCUAUCCGUUGGGCAGAGAAUUCGCAGAGGAAGCAUUGGGGUAUGGAACUACAUUAGCCCUAAAAUGGGAGGAAUUGGUUUUACAAGCUGUUUGGUUUGUUUGUUUGUGGCGCUUUACUACAAUGUGAUUAUUGGAUGGAGUUUAUUUUAUUUCUCUCAAUCAUUUCAGCAUCCUCUGCCUUGGGAUCAGUGCCCUUUGGUGAAAAAUUCUUCUAAUACAUAUGUGGAACCUGAAUGUGAAAAAAGCUCAGCCACUACUUAUUAUUGGUACAGAGAGGCUCUGAAUAUUUCUAAUUCAAUAAGUGAAGGUGGAGGUCUAAAUUGGAAGAUGACUCUUUGUUUACUUGCUGCCUGGAUUAUAGUCUGUCUCGCUAUGAUUAAAGGCAUCCAGUCAUCAGGCAAAAUAAUGUAUUUCAGCUCCCUCUUUCCUUAUCUGGUCCUUACAUGCUUUCUUGUGAGAGCAUUGCUGUUAAAUGGCUCAGUUGAUGGUAUUCGUCACAUGUUCACACCAAAACUUGAAAUAAUGCUUGAAACCAAAGUCUGGAGAGAGGCUGCCACUCAGGUGUUCUUUGCCCUGGGACUGGGAUUUGGCGGAGUAAUUGCCUUUUCAAGCUACAAUAAAAGAGACAACAACUGUCAUUUUGAUGCCGUCCUGGUGUCAUUGAUCAACUUUUUCACAUCAGUUCUAGCAACACUGGUGGUGUUUGCUGUGUUGGGCUUUAAGGCAAACAUCAUGAUCGAGACCUGCAUUGCUCAAAACACAGGAAAGAUUGUAAAACUUCUGGAAAUUGGAAAUCUCAGUAGGGAUAUUAUACCACAUCAUGUUAAUUUCUCCAGUAUCACUGUGCCGGAUUAUGAGCUGGUAUAUGAUAUCAUCAAAAAGGUAAAAGAAGAAGAAUUUGACAGUCUGGGAUUGGCUGGUUGUCAGAUCGAGGAUGAGCUUGAUAAGUCAGUGCAAGGGACCGGUUUAGCUUUUAUUGCUUUUACUGAAGCCAUGACACAUUUUCCUGCUGCACCUUUUUGGUCAGUGAUGUUUUUCCUAAUGCUGGUAAAUCUGGGCCUUGGCAGUAUGUUUGGAACCAUUGAGGGAAUUACAACCCCGCUUGUUGAUACAUUCAAAGUGAGGAAAGAACCUAUCACUGUUGGAUGUUGCCUUCUUGCAUUCUGCAUUGGUCUAAUCUUUGUCCAGCGGUCAGGAAAUUACUUUGUUACCAUGUUUGAUGACUAUUCCGCUACAUUGCCACUUCUUGUUGUAGUGAUUUUAGAGAACGUUACAAUUGCCUGGAUUUAUGGCAUCGACAAGUUCAUGGAUGAUUUAAAGGAUAUGCUUGGAUUUACACCUUAUCGGUAUUAUUAUUAUAUGUGGAAAUAUAUCUCUCCUAUCUUGUUGACUGCUUUACUUAUAGCAAGUAUUGUCCAAAUGGGAAUCAGUCCACCAGGUUACAGUGCAUGGAUUGCAGAAAAGGCCAGUGAAGAACGUCUCAGCUAUCCACCUUGGGGUCUUGCUGUAUGUAUAUCUCUAAUACUACUUGCGCUGCUCCCUGUACCUUUAGUUUUUCUUGUCCGUUUCUUCAACCUGAUUGAUGAUAGCUCAGGCAGUCUGUCAUCUGUUUCUUAUAAAAGAGGGCGCAUGAUUAAGGAGACAUCAAAUGCUGAAGAAGAUAAUGCCAGCCUAAUCCAUGAAAAGAUUCCAAGUGAAAUGCCAUCGCCAAACAUAGGAAAUAGUAUUUACAGAAAGCAAAGUGGGUCAUCAGCUCUGAAUGUGGACACUGCUCCGAAUGGACGUUAUGGAAUUGGAUACUUAAUGGCUGAUACGCCAGACAUGCCUGAAUCUGACUUGUAGCUAAAGCAAGAAAAAGAAAAAAAAAAGUUUGGGUUUUUUUUUGGCACGGCACUGCACAAAAGCUCUUAAAUGAAGAGGGUGGCUUUAAUGCUUGUAAAAAAAAUACAGUUUGCCUGUGUUCUCAGGGCUGAGAACGUACCAUGGUUGACAGAGAGAGGUGCAUUGUGUGUUUAUCUUACAAUUUGCUGCCAGAAGGCCAGAGACUUAUGUGGUCUGGAUUUGACUUUUGCCUCUAGCACUUUCUAGGACCUUAAAUACUGUUUGUGUCUUACCUCUCUGUGCCUAAAUUUGUCUGUGUCGUUAUAACAUGGUAAAUACAUUUGUGACAUUGCUUCUUAUACAAAUAUUCCAAUAAUUAUUUCACUACAUAAAAUAAUAAAAGAAAUAUACACACAUAUAUAACAAGCAAAGCUACAAAUUAUUUACUACGAAUCAAUGUAAUGAUUAGUAGUCACUGAAUAUUAUAUAUUCAGUUUAAGCCAUUUUCUUUCAUUUCCUCUUGAGCUGCAGAAUUACGUUUUUAUCAUUUGUUUUUUAU